AUGCCAGUCCGAUCAUACACGGUCCAGUCGUUCAGUCAUUCAGGUGCAUGGACAGAGCGACCAAUCAUUAGAUCCACCUCAACCUUCGCUGGCCGCAAGCGCUCCAGAGACGAGGCAGCAAUCAAUCUCGAUGAACCAGAGAAGACAGUGCCGGCGCCUUCGAUAGAAGAGCCGGAAGACGAAUGGGAGUACGGCCCAGGCAUGGUCCUCAUCAAAAAGAAAACCGGCUACGUCAACGACGCGAGCAGUCAAUCCGGAACCUGGGUUGAAGAGAAAGCCGCAGAAGACCGUGCACGAAAGACAGAAGCCGCCAUCGCUGUCCAAGAACAGCUCUCCCAGGAACGACCGUCUCUCAGAAGUAACAAAUCUCAACGGCUUGACAUGACGACAAAACUCAACCCCGGUCUGGAUAUGCAGCCAAACCGAUCAAGUCCAGGUCGUGACCUUGCCGAUUCCACAGCAGACGGCGGCGCAGCACCAAUCGUGGAUGACUUCACUCUGCAUCUCGGUAUUGGAUGGAAGCGCGUCAGCGACGACGACCACAUCCAGGCGGCUGCACGAGGCUGGGCUCGCUAUAUCGAAAGACAUUACCCCGUCACCCAUGCCAAGCUUUUACUCGAAAGCAAGGGCCUCCAGUCAUAUCUCGUGGAAGCUAGCGAAGGUUUCUUCCUUUUCGGCGAGGACCUACGCCAAGGUCGACUUGUUAGCACGAACCCCGAGCGUGCUCUUCAGAACCUCAAAAUAUCCCCUCCUGUCUUUGAUGGUCUCGAGACCAUGACUGCUGCUGGCUCACCCAAACCCACGGAUGCGGAACCAACCAUGACAAACGCCGCACCAACUCAACAACUGACGACUACAGCCGAAGUCGACAUGGACAUGAGCUGA